GUCCUCAGUUUUGGACAAACACUCCGAGCGGCACGUCAGGGCCAAGCGCGCGCGCUUCUCGUGGUCGAGAAUUCUGUCUGUCUGUCCGCCAGCGUGUGCGUGAGCGUGUGUGUGAGCCAGUGCAUGGGUGUGCGUGAGCCAAUGGCAGCGUCGGUGUUAGCCAAUUCCAAUUCUGUGGCAAAUACCGUGCCGUAAUCGGGCGAAAUACGUGCAAAAGUCUGGCCCCCACGUACAAAAUUCAAGUGCAAACGUAGAAAUUUCAAAGUGAAAGUGCAAAAAGAAAAGGACAAGCCUUCCCUCUGCAUUGUCCUGAAAAUAAACAAAAAAAACGGAAAAAUAUAGAAAAAACCAUAAGCAACACUACCGUUAGCAACAAAAUCAACAAAGUGCGCUGGCGGAGCGGGAAACGCCGAGCGGGUUGCGAGCGGCGGGCUCUUCAGCUGCCAGUUCAGCUGUCAAAAAUAUACUCUCUAACUAACCUACAUCAACAGCUGUGACUUGUGAAAAAAGUGCCACCACGCAAGCCGCAAAAUUGUUUUAGCUGCGGUUAGAAAGUGCAAAGCCCACGAGCGGAGUAAACAAUCAGCCAGGACAAAUGAAAACGCCAGAGCGCGCCUUUCUCUGACUGUCGCUCUCUGUCUCUCCCCUUCUCUGUCUCUCUGUUGCUGUCUCUCUCUCGCUACCCUUCGCCGACUUUCUCCCGAACAGCUGUUCCUCGAGAUACUCUCUCUCCUUAUAGCUAUACUAUCCCUAUAGCUUUCUCUGGAUUUCUAACUGCGCCGAAGCGUGUGUACAUAACCUGAAAAUCCGAGCGCUCUCUCUCUCUCUCACAUUUUGGAUGUUGCGGUAGGCGGACGUUGGGACGUCGCACGUCGCAAGUUGCACACACAACUGUAAGUGCAACAUCGGCAGCAGAGCGGCAGCAGAGCGACGGAGCGGCGACGGAGCAGCGUUGAUGCCGUUGCAGCUGCUGCUGCGCAGCCAGCAAGAGCAAUACGAGCAGCAGCAACGCCAGCAGCAGCAGCAGCACACUCGCAACAGCAGCAGCAGAGCAGCAGCAGCAGCAGCAGCAACAAUCAGCAACAUCAGCGCCCUGUGUGCACCGACAAUAAUAUGAGGAGUGGCAGUUCGGAAUUACUACUCGAGCAGCAACAACAAGAGCUACGGUUACGUAAAAUCCGAGAACUGGCUCCGAAAAAGAAAAAUGGCAAUCGGCGCUUUCGUUCGUGGCGGGAACGUGCGCGUUUCUAUGGCACCUCGACACUGGCCUUCUUCUCGGUGACCGCCGGCGCCUCGCUGCUCUUCCUCGUACCGCUCUACGUCGAUCCGGCCAUAUCGACGCUGAGCCACGACUUUAUCGAGAAGCCCACGUUGUGCACAACGACGCGUCGCGAGGAUCUCGUCGGUAUCUUCAAUUGCUCGUGGAGUUCGUGUCGCGAGGGCUGCACCUCCGAUUUGUAUCGCUGCAUUCACAUCUAUGUGACAUUCGUGGAGCAGAACAUUACGAUACCCGAGAACAUGACCGAUUACAGCAACUUUACGUCGGACAUGGAGCAAUCCGGCGAGGCCACCCUGCUGGUUAACAUCAAGGGUUGCGGCUAUCCGCCGUCGGUCACGUGCAAGAACUUCAACGGGUACUACGGCAUCGAGGGCGCCAUCUUCCCGUGCUUCUACUCGCGCAAGAACAAGACGGUGGUGCUCACGUCCUACAACCACGACGACCGUGCCAUGAUCAUCCACUUCUUCGCGGUGCCCUUUGUGAUAACGGUCAUCUCGUCCAUCGCCCUCUGCAUCAUGCACUGCGACUGCCGCUGCAAGAAGGAUCGCAGCCACCGCCGCAAUCGGCCGCAGUGCCGAAGGCCGCGCAUCGAGAAUCUCAGUGAUACUUCGAUAUCAACGCGAGUGGACAUGCUCACGCCUGCUAUUGAAGUCUACAAGCCGCCUCUCUGACACAAAGACGACACUGUGGAGAGCAAUUUAGGGAAUCCCUCGACUAGCAGCGACUUCUAGCAGAACCUGAUACCAAACUCUGCAGAACUAGCUAAGGAUAAUCUAUUUGUUCUUCCAACAUAGUGUCAACCCAAACGAACUUCGAACGUAGAUGGAAGAUGAGAGAUGGGAGAUGGUAUAUGGUAUAUGGUAUAUACCAUAUAUGGGAGGUGGCCAAAGAACCGACACUAUCAGAGGUUUUAGUGCAACUAGCAGAACGGAAACGAAUCAGAUUUAUGGGACAGAAAGGAAAACACACACAUAAAUUAAUAAUUGAUCCAACUGAAUAAUUCCUAAGAUUGAUUAAAUUUAGUUACUUUUUAGCGUAAUGAUUUUUAAACCAGCCGACGGCGGAGGAGAAACCAACAGAAGUGUUAAUCGGUUAAUGAGAUAAAUCGAAGUCUAGUUCUAAGCUGUGGCAGUGGCAUCUGUAUGUAUGUGUAUCUCUAGCCGUGUGUACGAAUUAAAAUAUGCAAAUUUGGCAAUGUGUAAAUUUAGUUAAAACUGAAUCAUUACGGAUGUAAAACAACAGAGGCAAAAUGGGGAAAAACAAAAACAGAAACACCUAAACAGAAAAUGCAAUGAAUAAUUUUUGUACUGCUGAAAGAGAAACCAAGUGGAAAAAAA